GCUCUCCAGUGACCGCAUAUGCAGGAGGUAGUCUAAGCAUGCUCAUUUUCAUUGCCCAUGGGUUGCGGAUCAAGCAUCAACAAUGUUCCUACGGUCAACGGCAACGAUCCACGCAAUAACAGAACAUUAGACCACGGGCAACGACGCCAAGGGGAUCUGGACCAAGAACAACGGCAUCAAGGGGAACUAGACCAAGGACAACGGCAUCAAGGGGAACUAGACCAAGGACAACGACGCCAAGGGGAACUAGACCAAGGACAGCGGCAUCAAGGGGAACUAGACCAAGGACAACGACGCCAAGGGGAACUAGACCAAGGACAAGUGCUUGGACAAGUAUUUUUUUCCAAUAAUUGCGCAGGAAUACAAGAAGUAGCCGAAACGACAUACCUUUUGAACAUAGAACGAAAGCCAGAGAUACCUUUAAGCGUUUCGGUUCAAGUAGCUGACACAGGAGAAGAAGAUACUGUAGAAGACGAUAUUGUGCGAUCUGCUAGUCCAGAUGGUAUUAGCGUUAUCAUGAGGGAUGACUUAGACGUAAUUGCUGAAGAUAUUCAAGUUAAGAAGAAAUGCAUCAUCAUAGAUAUGAACGUUAUUGGUUGGGAGUCGCUGGAGAAAUUAUUGGAAAGCAGUAAAAAUGGACAAUUAGAGAAGUGUCUGAAAAAAGUGCUCUUAACCCCCGAUAUCACCAAAGGAAAAGAUAUGUCUCUGAAGAUGCACAUUGUAAAUGAGGAUAAACUGCGAAAAUUGGUGAAACUGAUGAAGCUACUUUAUGUGAAGGACGCUGAGAAGGGAAAUGGGCAAAGUUCCGAGAGCGUGAGACUUACGUUCUGUCCAGAGAGACGCAUGUGGUUCUGGACCCCGUACCACAAGAAACCUAUCUGGAUGGAGGUCAGCUACGAGGAAGUUCAAGGCGGACCUCUUAAGGGACAUGUUCCUGAAGACAAAUACUUGGAGAUAAUACGUUAUCUGCAACAAGAAAAACCGACUUUGAAGGCCAAUACUUCGACAUGCGUCAUAUGUGAUCUUGUACCUAUUACUGGCAAGGUACCAGAGAUCAAAUAUACAGAGAUAACAGUCAGACCCCCAAGCGCGGGAACCAAUAUCAGGACAACUGGUAUGGAAGGUGGGACAAGCGGGACACAAGAUGUGAAAAAUUAUCAAAACAUGAGUGUCCCCUUGAACAGAAAAGAUAAGCUGAGGGUUUCAAGGGAUUCGGGUUAUGGCUCACCACGAGACCCUCUGGAUGCCUCUGGCGGUGACCAGGGUGAAAAUGAUUGAGAUGAUAUGGAAGAGUCGCCGGAAUUCAUUGAACAUUCGCUA